AUGCCCGUGCCCAGCUGGCAUGGUGACGGCAAAAUCCCGGCGCCUGAGAAUCGCUUGGAAGCUUGGCUACUCGCCGCGCUGGACUGCAAGUUUGCACAACAGGAAGCAUUUCUGCGCGACUUAAUCAAGUCGCCUGGGCUGCUCCCAUUGGGAAGCUCCAUCGGAUUGGCGAGCUCCGUAGAGACCAUGGGCGACAGCUGUGCACCAGGCAGUCGGGGCGCCCUGGAGAAAACCGAGAGAGAUGUAGACGAGUUGCACGUGGAGUUUAUGAGUUCCGAUCUGUCGCCCAGACCCGAAACACCAAUAUCAGAUCCCUCCUCGGAUGCCAAAAGCAGAUUUUUUGGGAGAGCAGCCAACACACUUGGGGCCCAUGUCAUGAAAGAGAAGUGGGCGCAGGACCCUCCCUUUAAGGCCUUUGUCAAGAACCAGAUGGACGUUCUGAUUGGUGUGGUGGUCAUCGUUAAUGUAUCUUUCAUGGUCUUCCACGCUCAGUGGAUGGGGGCACAGGCAGAUCUCACUGUGGGAGUCAGCGACCAGCCUUGGAUGGGUCCAUCGCAAGAACUGUUCGAUAUUUCAGAGUAUGUAUUCUUCAGCUUGUACCUCUUGGACGUUGGCAUUCGAGUUCUGGUGCUUCGGGGUGAAUGGUGGUACGACCCGCUGCGUGGGCGAAUGUACUUAAACGCAUUUGAUGCGAUUCUCGUGUCUGUGAAUUUCCUGGAGCUGGUAGUUGUUCCUGGAAUUUUGGGCGAUGAAAGCCAGAUGAGCUCUAGCCAGAUCCGACUGAUCAAGCUGUCGCGUGUGGCAAGAACGCUUCGUGUAAUCAAAUCACUCUCCUUGUUCAGGCAGUUGAGGCAUCUUGUGGGGACAUGUAUUGCAAGCAUUGGGGCCCUGUUCUGGUCUAUUGUUUUGAUUUUGCUUUGCCAGCUGACCUUUGCUUUGAUGGUCUGCCAAGCGAUGCAGCCUUUCAUUCUGAAUGAAGAGGCCGACCUCGACAUCCGCAUGCAGAUGAACAGCUGGUAUGGCAGUUUUUUCAAAGCAAUGUACACCAUGUUUGAGAUAACGCUGAGCGGCGGAUGGCCUCUUCUGGUGAGACCUGUAGUGGAGCUGGUGGAUGCCUGGUACGCGGCCCUCUUCCUGCCCUAUGUAGCUGUCGUGGUUUUUGCUGUCUUGAGGAUAGUCACUGCCCUUUUCAUAAAGGAGACGCUGAACACUGCAGCUAAUGAUGCAGAAAUGGUGAUGGAGGAGUCUAGGUCAGGUUCUUUGCAAUAUCAACGUCGCCUCGAGCAGCUUUUCCGCUUGGUUGAUGAUGACGGGGAUGGCCACUUGACACUUGAUGAAUUUCGUGCUGCUGUGAAUAUGCCCAGUGUGUCGCAGUAUCUGUCAUACUUGGACGUGACAGUGCGGGAGUGCGAGCCUUUGUUUGAGAUCCUUGCAGAAGGGGAUGGCCUUAUCACGAUUUCCGAGUUCUGCACGGGCAUCAUGCAGUGGAAAGGCCAAGCAAGAGCACUGGACAUCGUGAUGCUUCAGCAUGUGCUUCGAUGCAAAACUUCAGCCAAGAGAGAAUGCCAAGCUGCUGAGCGAGUGCCAGCAGAUUCGCCGCAGUGUCGCCGCAAUCUCGAAGGCCUUUCGCCGCCGUGCCUAGGUGCUGCGCAGGAUGUGAAAGAUAUCGAAGCGAUGCACAUCGGUGCAGUCGCGCCCUUGAGGUUUCGGGCCCAAAUAUGCUGCACUGUUACAAUCAAGGCGGAGAUGUCGAAAGAACAGAUUCCAAUGCGACACGAAGCCUUUCGCUUAGUUUCGAGCAAACGGCGAUUCGCAGCAGACCUGUCGGAUGCAAAACCGAGUAAUCAACUCAAUUGCUUGUCGCAGAGGUCACUACAGGGCCUAGCUGCCGAUAUCGACGAGCCACACGACCAUGCGUGGCAGCUCGAGUUGACCACAGUCGUGUUGUCAACCUUGGACCGCAAGUUCUCUGAGCAAGAAGCCCUCCUACGCCAACUCUUGGCUCCUACUGUGGAACUCUCUGGAGAGAGUUCUGUGGCUUUGGUGGAGAAGGUCGAAGCCGUGAACUCAGCCGAGGCGAUACUUCAUACCGAAAGUGUGAUGCGGGAGACGUGGGAGAAGGACCCGCCUGUAAAGGCAUUUGUGAAGGGCCCACUGGAUGUGUACGCAGGAUGCGUAGUCAUCAUCAACGUAGUUUUCAUGAUAUUGAAUACGCAGUGGACUGGAUCCGUGGCCGAUGUCAGAGUGGGUAUACACGACGAGCAACCAACUUGGUUGUCACAAGAGUUUUUUGACGUCACCGAGUUUGUAUUCUUUUCUUUGUAUGUUUUGGAUGUAAGCAUGCGGCUGGUCGUGCUCCGUGGCGAAUGGUGGUUUGAUCGCUACCGUGGCAGGAUGUAUCUUAACGUAUUUGACGCAGCCCUGGUUCUUAUCAAUUUCUGUGAGCUGCUACUUAUUCCAGCAAUAACGAACACACGGGAUGGGGACCUCCACGCAAGCCACAUACGAAUGAUGAAGCUCCUGCGACUAGCGCGGUCUCUUCGGAUAUUCAAGACGGUGUCAAUGUUUCGUCAUCUUCGGAACCUGGUCGGCACCUGUGUUGCGAGCUUCUUCGCAUUGAUAUGGUCUGUCGUGCUCCUGCUCCUCGUCCAGCUCACCUUUGCCCUGAUCGUUUGCCAGGCCUUGCAAGGUGUAAUUUUGGACGACGAGAUCGACUUGGAGGUCAGACUGCAGAUGAACAACUUGUAUGGAAGCUUCUUGAAAGCGAUGUACACCGUGUUCGAGAUAACUCUGAGCGGUGGUGGCCACUGCGUCUCGGUUCGGUACUGCAAUCGGCUUGUUCGCCCGGUCGUGGAAACCGUGAGCCCCUGGUAUGCCGCGCUGUUCUUGCCCUACAUAAUGCUGGUGGUUUUUGCAAUAUUGAGAAUUGUGACCGCCCUCUUCAUUAAGGAAACCUUGCAGAGUGCGGAGAACGAUGCCGAAAUGAUGAUGGAGGAUUCAAGGACCAGCUCCCAGAGGUAUCAGAGGCGUCUGGAAGAGCUUUUCCACCUUGUGGAUGACGAUGGAGAUGGGCACCUCACUCUCGAAGAGUUUCGGGCAGCUUGCAGUUUGCCAAGUGUAGAGCAGUACAUGGGCUACCUGGACGUCACGUUGCGAGACUGUGAGCCGCUGUUUGAGAUUCUGGCAGAGGGGGAUGGCUUGAUCACCAUCGCAGAGUUCUGCAAAGGUGUUAUGCAAUUGAAAGGUCUGGCCAAAGCUAUUGACAUUGUCAUGCUCAAGCAUGAGAACGGUAAGAUCUUGAGAGAGCUUCAGAAUGCUCGUCUUGUCAUGGCGGCAGCACUGCCUCACUCUGCAAAGGUGCAGAUGGUGCUGAUUUGCACCGAAAGCCGUAAAUCGAAAGUUUCACCUGCCAGUUUCUACGCGGGAGUGUUUCUGGGUGAGGCUCGAAAUGUGGGUUUCGCAAAGCUAGCUUUUGAUGUCACGAGCGGUUCUGCGAAGCAUAGCUUAAUGUACGAUGCUAUACUAUACAGAGCAUCACGUCGAGCAGUUGCUUCCCAUGGGCUCUGCUCUACUCUAGUUCAGAUGGCCCCGAAGAAAGGGAAGAAGGAGGAGGAAGAGGUUGCAGAAGCACCUGUUGCACCAACCGAGCCUGUGGAGGAGGUUCCGAAAGCUCGGAGAGUCUGGUCCUACGGCAUCAACAACCACGUGGACCACUUGGCUGCAGAGACAGUGCAGGCCUUCAAGGGUCUUGGCGACUUCCGCCAGGACUUUGCCGGCUUGUGCGAUGCGCUGGACAUCGUGGGCCAUCAUGCCCUGAUGCCGGAGAAAGACUUGGAAGCUCCUCGCGAGGCAGGCCCAUCAGCGGUUCUGACACUGCAAAGCCAGUUGCUGGAUCGUGCUUCCAUGUUGGUCAUGAAGGCAAUUCUGCCAACCUCUCUGCACCUGGACACCUUGCGCCUGAGUGGAUGCAGCCUGGACAUAGACCUGCUACAGUUGCUGCGCGAAGCCUUGACUUCAGAGACGACAGUGCGAAGCUUGAAUGUGGAGUGGAACCGCAUGGAGCUAGCGCUGGAUGACAAGAUCCGUGAGUCAUUGAACGAGGCACAUCACUGGACGGAAAUCGAUGAGGCUGAGAAGAGUUUGUUCCAUUCACGGGCGCAGCGUUCGUUGACGAUGUUCCGAGAGGAGCUGGAGUCAAGACAAGGUGGCGACGUGAAAUUGGCCAUCCAGCGGUUAUCGGAGCAUGCAGUCGCAGGGCAUCCGGUGACAGCAUCGCUUUGGCCCAUGGACAUCAAUUCCUGGGUGUCUACCUUCUACGAUGUAUUUCACAUGGAUGUCAUUGAUUGUGAGCCUGUUUUCAACAUCCUCGACUCUGACUACGGCGACGGCGACGGGUUCGUUCCUCUGGCGAGGCUGCAGGAGGUGUUGGAGGGGCUGCCCACCGAUCCGCCAGAGAGCGAAGAUAGGCUCCUCCCUCCUGCUCAGUGCCCAGAGUUCCAAGAUGAGAUCGGCUCCGCCUUUGGGGCAUUCUUGGACCGCACGAGCCCACUGGAAGUAAUUUCCUUCAGGUGUUGCAAUCUGGCUCGCUUGGAGGUUCAGGCCAUCAGCUCAUGCUUGGCGAGUCCAUCCCCGCACCUGCGUGCGCUUAAUCUCUGGGGCAACAAAAUCUGCGAUCGUGGCGCGCAAGCCUUGGCACAAGCACUCGAAUACAACUUCGGGCUGCAGUUUCUUGGGCUUGGUCGCAACUUUGUCACCCAUGAAGGCCUCCGAGCACUGUGCAACGUCCUCGGGACACGGCGACUCGAGGAAAAGGCUGCUGCUGAGAAGGUCAUCAAGCACUUGAAGGACCAGCAGAAGGAGGUGGAAAAGAAGCGAAAAGCUUUCGGGGCCCCGCCGAAGGAUGCCAACGGCCGAGAGCGGUAUUGGCCAGAACCACACUUGGACACCUGCGAAGAGUUUAAGGACGACUCAGGCACACCCUUUUGGAUCUGGACUCGGAAUACUGUGGUCAAGACGGUGAAUGUGGAGCAGAACCCUAUAAGCGAUGCAGACAUGGUGGAGCGUCUCCAACCACAUGGUACUGGUGCCUUGAUACUCCGUUCAACUCCUUGCACGGCAGUGCUUCUCGAGCGACAGCAGAAGGCCAAGGAGCAAAAGGCCUCCCUGCCGGAAGAUGAGGAAGGCCCCGACGAGAGCAAAGGAUGGACCCUGAUCUUGAGCUGA